AUGACCUUACCAUCCAGCCCUGGCCCGGCCGCGCCGGCGAAUUCAGCUCUGGCAUGUGUGAACUGCGCCAAAUCCAAAGCGCGAUGCGACAGGAAGGUACCGUGCACGCGAUGCGUGCGCAAGAAACUCACCUGUCAAACGCGUGUGUCGCAGCGCGGCGCGAGGCGACUGUCGUUCAAUGCCAUUAACCACCACGCCAAUAAUCCCGAAACCGCCACGCCGCAGGCUCAAAAUAGCAAUGGCAGUGGCACCGGCAGCGGCACCGGCAGCAGCAGCGGCGCCCAAGAGACGUGCCACGGCAUCUGGAUGGACUGGAGCCAUCGUUUCGAUGCCAUCCGUCGCCCCAAGGACCUGGCCGAGGCCGCCCAAAAAGACGAGUUGUUGGCCCAGUUCGUCGCCGCCGCCGUGUGGGGUGCAGACGACAGCUAUCCGCCCCCCGGCACCGCUCGCCCCAACGACACCGCCAUGGCUCCGUUUCCGGACCCGCAGAACGACAUGGACAUGUUCGACUUUACCGCGCCCAGCUCCUCGUCAUCGCCGACGCCACAGAUUGCCCUCGGCCCUUGCGAAGACACCACCUUUGCCAUGUCCCCGGGGGCGCUGAUCGGAUUCCCCGGCAACGGCGACGACGCCAUGGAGGGUUACGAUCCAACGGUGCCGCCUCUACUGCUGGUCGAGCGCGCCUUCGCCAGCUCGGACCCAGACCAAAUAGAGGCCCUGGAAGGUUGGCCACUCUUCCGGUGCAACCCCGUGACACCCUCCUCCGCGUGCAAUGUCACAGGUCCGGUCCACGUCAAGAACCUGUAUUCCCUCCUCAAGGAGGAGUGCACCAUCACGAACAAGGGUCGGCCGCCCGGCUCCAAGGCCGCCGUCGAGCCCCUCCUGGCCAGCACCCGAGAGAAAGUCACCGCCGUGCUGCAGGGCCUCUUCUACGAGGCGCAGCAGCUCUACGGACUGCGAAACCAGGACAGCGGACUGCACAACUGGGUCGGCGCGUCCGUCCUCACGCUCCCGCCGCCCUCGGAGAUGGAGUUCCUGCUCCGCGCCUACACGGACUGCUGCGAACCGCACUACCCCGUCGUGCCCUUGGCCUCCAUGAAGGUCAACGAGUCCAUCGAAGGCAGCCACACGAUACUUCCGAGCAUGGCGCUGCUCCUCAUGAUGGCCAUCGGCGCCAUGACGGCCGGCUCCGGCGAGCCGUAUCCCGAAAUCGCAUACGGCCUGGUGGACAUUUGCCGCACCUCGCUGCGCAGGCUCAUCGAGCAGAACAUCAAGCUGGCUUCCGACCCCGAGGUCACGCAGUGCGCCUUGCUACUCAUGAUCGCGAUGGUGUGGAGUGGCGACAAGUGGCAGAUGGAUAUAGCCAUGCACGAAAAGGCCAUGUACUUGGAGAUGCGUUUAAGAGCAGGUCCACAUGACCCGCGAGAAGAACAGUUGGCUCGGUUAGAUUCCUCCGGCGACGCUGCUCGCCGCUGGGAGUUGUGGAAAUGCCAGGAGCGGUUAAACAGAGUUACCUGCUCUUGGCUCGUCCUGGACUACGAAAUAUGUCUAUUCCAAGAUAUCCCGUCGACGUCGUUCCUGUCCGUGGUCAACCUCGACAUGCCGAUCCCGAGUCCGGACGCCUCCUUGACGGCUUUCUCGGCCAAGCAUUGGGCGCAGGACGCGUUAUCGACGGGGCGACACACCGUCAGCAUCCCCCCAUCUCUAAAAGAGUGGGUGGCCUGCUUCACCGACACCAACGACAUCAGCACCAUGACGCACGUGUCACCCAUCACGCUGCGCAUCUUGCUGUGCCACCUGAUGGACCAAGUCCUCCAACUGCGGUCCAGGAUCGAAGCCAUGUCGACCCGGAGCCCGGAUCACAAGAGCUCCCGCCACCUAUCCAACGUCCUCCUCUCGGUGCAGGUGCAGGAGGUCCAAGAGCUGCUACGAAAGUGGUUCGACCUCGCGCACACCCGGUGUCCGGACGACACGCCGGCGAACUGCGCCAACAUGAUCCUCUACCACCUCGUCGUGCUCAACACCAUGGCGAGCGUGCCGGAAAUCGAGCGGCUCGCGCGCGGCGGCGGUAGCCAGCCGAGCUCGGCGAGGUCCCCCACCCGGCCCUCGCGCUCGGGGCGCGCCUACCACCUGGUCCCGGAGGACGCGAGGGACAUCUACUUCCACUGCGGGCAGGUGCUGCGCAACAUCCGGCUGGUCCCCGAGGCGGCGCGCCCCCCCUGGUGGGCCGGGGCGGCGUACCGCGUGGCGCUGAUCGCGUGGGCGAACAGCAUGGAGAUUGCCAGCCCGCAGGGCGGCGGCGGGUGGGACAUGGAGGCGCCCGACCCGCUGCUGCUGGACGCGCUCCCGCCGCGCGACGCGUCCCUCGUCGCCUACCUCAACCACCAGGGCGGGACGACGACGCCCGUCUUUUCCGAUGCCGCCGGCGCCACCGUCUCGCUGGCCGACUCGGUCGGCAUCUUGCUGCACUGUGCUCGCUUUCUGGACUCGGAUAUCAUGACGAAGUUUACUCGUGGCAUUCAGCAGAAGUUGACGACCAUGGCGAGACGCUGGGAGGGUCGCGCUUCGUAA